CUCACUUGUGGUGAAGAGGGGGAAGGCGAUGAAGAGGCGGUAGCUGACGAAAAAUCGACGCAAAAAAAAGGAGAGAACGCCGAAGACGACAAGGAAACCGAUGUGACCAGUCAAGAACAUUUGGUACAGAUGCUGCGCAAGAGAGGUACAUGCGAGGAAUCCCGUCGGCAUUCUGAACGCCCCCACACCUUUUGGGAUACCCAGCCUGUACCAUCGAUGAGUUCUGAGUAUUCCCAGGACAAUGGGCCCCUUGACAACAUCAAAACCCCGGAGGAUGUGCGAUCUGAUCCAUAUCCUCUUCCCGCACAAUUUGAGUGGUGCACUUGUGAUGUGAAUGAUGCCAAAGAGCUUCAGGAAAUCUACACGUUGCUGACGGAGAACUACGUGGAAGACGAUGACAGCAUGUUCCGCUUCGACUAUUCGACGGACUUCUUGGAAUGGGCCUUGAAACCGCCAGGGUAUUUGAGGCAGUGGCACCUCGGGGUGCGGGUCAAGGGAGGUGGCAAGUUGGUGGGCUUUAUUACUGGCAUCCCUGCACAUAUCCAGGUCUUUGAAAAGAAGAUCGACAUGGCUGAGAUCAACUUCCUGUGCGUGCACAAGAAAUUGAGAUCUAAGAGGCUGGCGCCAGUGCUGAUCAAGGAGAUCACCCGGCGCGUGAACUGCGAAAACGUUUGGCAGGCCGUCUACACCGCUGGGGUGGUCUUGCCACGGCCUGUGAGCGAGUGCCGAUAUCACCACCGUUCAUUGAACCCAAAGAAAUUGAUUGAAGUGGGCUUCUCGCACCUUGGCGCCCGAAUGACGAUGGCCAGAACCAUCAAACUCUACAAGGUACCUGAUGCGCCUCAGCUCUCUGGGAUGCGAGAGAUGAAGAAAGCGGAUGUACCCAGGGUGCACUUCCUGGUGUCCACCUACCUCAAGAAGUUCCAGCUGCAUCCCGAACUCUCAGCAGAUGAGAUUGAACAUUGGAUGCUUCCUCGGAAGGAUGUGGUCUACUGCUAUGUCCGCGAGAAUGAGAAAGGAGAGAUCAACGAUGUGUGCUCCUUUUACAAUUUGCCCUCGACUGUUCUAGGUCACGAGAAGCACAACCAGCUUCGGGCAGCGUACUCCUAUUGGAACGUGGCAAACACUGUGCCCUUGCAGGACUUGAUGUAUGAUGCACUGAUUCUGGCGAAGCAGCGUGAUUUUGACGUUUUCAAUGCCUUGGACGUCAUGGAGAACGAGAGUUUCUUGAAGGAGCUGAAGUUUGGCAUUGGAGAUGGCUUUCUGCAGUACUACCUCUACAACUGGAAGUGUCCGAAGAUUGAUCCGCAUGGCAUCGGAUUAGCUUUGGUAGCGGCCAUGAUCAACACGCCAAUGGGGCCACAAGCUGCACCACUAGCCAUGGCUGAAGCGGAUAAGAGCCCGAAGGAGGAGCCAGAGGAAGAAGAGGAGGCGGAAGAGGAGGAGGAUGAAGUCGAGAAUGACGAAACUGGCCAAGCGGGAGGCGAAAAGAAAAAGAAGAAGAAGAAGAAGAAGCCCGCCAAGAAGGAAGGCGCGGCUACCGCAGGCUACCCGGCUCCAGCCAACGGAGAGGAGGAUAAGGAAGAUCCUGAUCAACAGCAGCACCUGCUUCAGAUGCUGCGCAAGCGAGGUCCUUGUGAGGAAUCCAGGAGACAAACGGCCCGAGAACACGCCUUUUGGGAUACCCAGCCUGUGCCAUCCAUGGGCUCCGAGUAUGGUCAAGACAGUGGCCCCUUGGACGAGGUUCGCCAGGUGGAGGACGUGCACGCCGAGCCUUACCCUUUGCCCGACAAAUUCGAAUGGUGCACUUGCAAUGUUGAUGAUGACAAGGAGAUUGACGAGAUCUAUACCCUGCUCACGGAGAACUACGUGGAGGACGAUGACAGCAUGUUCCGCUUCGACUACUCCGUCCACUUUUUACGUUGGGCCUUGAAGCCGCCUGAGUUCCUGAGGAGUUGGCAUUUGGGUGUGAGGGUGCAAGGCGGAGGAAAGUUGGUGGGCUUUAUUACAGGCAUCCCAGCUAAGAUUCGAGUGCUCGAGAAGUCCAUUCAGAUGGCAGAGAUCAACUUCCUCUGCGUGCACAAACGUUUGCGCUCCAAGCGCUUGGCGCCGGUGCUCAUCAAGGAGAUCACACGCAGAGUGAACAGGGAGAACAUUUGGCAGGCGGUGUACACUGCUGGAGUGGUCCUGCCCAGACCCAUCAGCGAAUGCCGCUACUGGCACCGCUCCUUGAACCCCAAGAAGCUGAUCGAAGUGGGCUUCUCCCACCUCGGGGCACGAAUGACCAUGGCCAGGACCAUCAAACUCUACAAGGUGCCCGACGUGCCGCAGCUGCCGGGCAUGCGGGAGAUGAAGAAGGAGGACGUGCCCAAAGUUCACAGCCUGGUGGUGAACUAUUUGAGGAAGUUUACUUUGCAUCCAGAGUUUUCACCAGAGGAGGUGGAGCACUGGAUGCUGCCACGGACCGGCGUGGUCUACUGCUAUGUCCGUGAAAACGAGAAGGGCGAAGUGACGGACGUGUGCUCCUUCUAUAGCUUGCCGUCCUCCAUUUUAGGUCAUGCGAAGCACACGCUCCUGAAGGCUGCCUACUCUUAUUGGAACGUUGCCACCACCGUGCCCUUGCAGGAUCUGAUGUACGAUGCCCUGAUCCUGGCGAAGCAGCAAGACUUUGACGUCUUCAAUGCCCUGGACAUCAUGGAGAACGAGAGUUUCCUGAAGGAUCUGAAGUUUGGGAUUGGCGAUGGCUACCUGCAGUACUACCUCUACAAUUGGAAGUGCCCUCGGAUUGAGCCAAAAGGGAUUGGCCUAGUCCUGCUCUGAGGGUCGGUGAUGAACCACGAGACACUGAACAGCCAUGUUUUGCUUGAGCUUUGUGGUUGAAACCUGUUGAAACCAGG